AUGGCAGCGGCUCUGGUAGCAUCAACUGUCAUUAGCCCUCAGCCGUUAACCAAUGUUGCAGUGUACUAUGGACAAGGUGCUAAUCAGCAACGCUUGAGUCACUUUUGUGGGGAAACAUCUCUGGAUAUCAUCAACCUUGCCUUCCUCAAUGUGUUCCCGGACCAGGGCAAUGGGUAUCCCGGAACCAAUUUUGGAAACCAAUGUGGCUCUGCAACGUACAGCAUCAACGGCAACGUGACACAGUUUCUCUCUGACUGUCCGCAGCUUGCAGAAGAUAUUCCUGUUUGCCAAACUGCCGGAAAGAAAGUCUUUGUCUCCCUUGGAGGUGCAUAUCCAGCAACUCAGGAGAUCACCAGUGACCAGUCUGCCCUUGACUUUGCCAAUUUUAUCUGGGGCGCCUUUGGCCCAGUGACCGAUGAAUGGACCCAGGCUGACGGUCCUCGUCCAUUUGGUGAUGCUGUUGUGGAUGGGUUUGACUUUGACAUUGAACACAAUGGAAGCUUCGUCAUUGGUGCUCUCUCAGGAUAUGCGAUGAUGAUAAAUCAACUCAAGACUCUUUACGCUACCGUCCCGGAUCGUCAGUUCUAUCUUUCGGCAGCACCUCAGUGCCCAAUUCCAGAUCCUCAGUUGAAGGUUACAAUCAACAAGGGAAUGUUUGAUUACAUCUGGGUCCAGUAUUACAACACAGCAAGCUGUGCUGCAAUCAAUUAUGCGCAAAACGCGACUGGUUUCAACUAUGAUGAGUGGGUUGAUGUCAUUCUGGCAAGCAGCAACCCGGACGCCCGCCUGUUUAUUGGUCUGCCUGCAAGCGAGGAUUCAGCCUAUUCUGGCUAUUAUCUUACACCUGACCAAGUUGAGCCCUUGGUCAACGAGUACAUGACGCUCUAUCCGGGAACUUUUGGUGGCAUCAUGCUCUGGGAGGCAACAUCGUCCGACAACAACACGAUCAAUAACAUGACCUAUGCAGACUCCAUGAAGGCUAUUUUGAACGAAGCUGCGGAGCCAUGGACUUCUCCACCAACUACAGGCAACAGCAGCUCGAAUGUUGGAUGGGGUCAGAUCAACAAGUCCAGCCUUGCGUGGGCCUCUUUCAAUAGCAGUAGAGCCGUUUGUCCUGGCAAACCUGCAUUGGAAGAUAGCAGCAUAGAGAGCGCUUGUGCAGCUCUUGUGGCGAACGGGUAA